AUGGGCUUGAGGUCGCCAAAUUCGAUCAAAGAGAUGCAGAAGCUUAGGGGAAAGAUCGCAUCCUUAAGCAGAUUUAUAUCACGAUCGGCAGACAGAAGCUUACCAUUUUUCAAAGCUUUAAGGAAGCCCAAGAGUUUCGCGUGGACUCCAGAAUGCGAACAAGCUUUGCAGGAAUUGAAGGAAUAUCUCACGAAGCCUCCACUGCUCGCGAACCCUAGAGAAGGGGAGACAUUAUUUUUGUAUCUUGGGGUGUCCGAGAACGCGAUCAGCUCCGUAUUGGUGAGAGAAGAAGCUAGCAACCAGAAUCCAGUCUAUUAUUCGCACAAAGUGGUGGUGUUGACGAACCACCCUCUUAAGCACGUGAUGUCGCAGCUGGAAGCCUCCGGAAGAUUGAUCAAAUGGGCGGUCGAAUUGGGGCAGCACGAUAUUGAGUACCAACCCAAAACAGCCCAGAAGGCGCAGGUGCUCGCAGAUUUCAUCACAGAGCUGUCCGACGACCAGAAGGAACCCGAAGCGGCUGAUCACCCCUAUUCGAAAUGGAUACUGCAUGUUGAUGGGUCCUCUGACGCGAAUAAUGGAGGAGCAGGCAUAUUGAUCCAAGGACUAGGGGGAAUCGAGAUCGAAGUUGCCGCUCGCCUAUCAUUCCCGGUGACAAACAAUGAGGCGGAGUAUGAGGCAUUGGUAUUGGGACUGGAGCUUGCACAUGAAGCAGGUGCUCGAGACCUGGAAGUUUUUACCGACUCACAGUUGACUGCAAUGCAAAUCGAAGGAACAUACGAGACGAGAGAGAGAACAAUGACCCAAUAUAAAGAGAUCGUGCAGCGAGUGAUGGGGAGGUUCAGUAGAUGCUCCGUUUUGCAGGUCCCCAGAGUAGAGAACGACAAAGCGGAUGCUCUGUCGAAGUUUGGAGCGGCAAUGGAUGGAAUCCGAGAUCGCAAAAUCACAGCCUUAGUACGCGAGCAGUCGGCCCUUGCGAGUAGAACGGAAGUCCAGGUCGUCUCAGAGGCAGGGUCUUGGAUGAGCGAAAUCGUGAGGUACCUCGAGGACGGGACCUUGCCUAGCAAUCCGGUGGCGGCGAAAAGAGUCAGAUUUUGA